CGUCGUCAUUCCCCACGGCUGGCUGGGGCAGGCAGCACUAAUACUGCUGCUACGGUAUUAGCCGUCUGCAAAAGCUUCGCUUCUAUAUGUAAGUGCAUAGGGGCUUGUGCCUCAUGCGGCCGCCCCUUGCUGCAGAAAUCUCUGGGUAUCUUAUUCGAUGGAGGGGCACAGCGUACAAAGCAGGGCAUAUGCUAGCACGUAUUUUGAGAAUACGGUGUACCAAGUGCUGGUCUCUGAUGUACGGCGCUUGCAUGUUGAAGCGCCAUUGCCGAAAACACGAAUGUCGUCCAAUGUAAGUCCAAGCACAUGUAUGCAGUGUAGAGUAGGUGCUAGGAGCUUUUUUGAUGCCGUAAAUCCUGCACGACAAAAUGCCCAUUUAAUUGGAAAAAUCAGGCACCACUUGAGCCCCACCGUAGCAGUUGGUACAGUAUUUACAGCUCCGUUUUCUUGUUGGAGAUUGCUGAUGAAAUGCUGCGUGCCGUGCAGUAGAGUGCAUGUGGCUAGGUGAGGGCGUAUCGCCGCCCCGUCCAGUCAUGUACACAGAUGAUACGGUAUGAUGUGAUGCCAGCAAAACGUGGCUGGGCCAUUGCAUGCCUUGUCUGCGACCUCACCUACAGCACGCUGCAUAUAAUU